GUAAAUUCCCCUCCAGGAAAUUCAGACCUCACUACAUUGGAAGACACGCAAAUUCAUCAGCAGUGGGAGGGGAAGUGAAAGACUGUGUACUGAUAAAUACGCUGAUUCGGCUGGUGGAUCACAUAAACAGUUUACUCUUACAGCAUAUCUUCUGCUCCAGAGGGUCAAGAGAAAAAACCUUCACAAAGUAAUACUCAGGACAUUAACUGCAACUUUGAAGAUCAGCAAUCACUUGAGAUUGAGGUAAUACUGUCAUGGCUGACAAGCUGGCUUCCACAGAGGAGAACUUGGAGCGGAUCCUGGCAGUGGAAAGCUUCUUCGGUCCGUCUGGGAAGCCCCUGAAGAAACCAGGCCGGGUCCUGGUGGGCGAGGGGUGUUUGAUGAAGCUCUGCCGGCGUAGCCCCCAGCCCCGGAUCUUCUUCCUGUUCAAUGACAUCCUAGUGUAUGGCAGCAUUAUCGUUAAACACCACUGGUAUGCCAGCCAGCAGGUCAUCCAGCUGGAGGACAUGAAGGUGGAGGAUCUUGAGGACUCCCCAGACAUGAAGAACCAGUGGCUCAUCCGCACACCCCGCAAGUCCUUCUAUGUGUCGGCCGCCUCGCCCCAAGAGAAGCAUGCCUGGAUCACGCACAUUGAGGAGUGUCGGGCCAAGAGGUUGAACGAAACGGGCCAGGCUCCUGGGGAGACCUUCGCCCCCGCCUGGGUCCCUGACAGCGCCACAGACAUCUGCAUGCGCUGCUGCAGCAAGUUCACAGUCACACAGCGCCGCCACCACUGCAGGCAGUGUGGCUACGUGGUCUGUGACUCCUGCUCCAACUAUAGCUUCCUCAUCCCCAACAUCUCUUGCAAGCCCGUGCGCGUCUGUCUGGUCUGCCACCCGAUCCUGCAGGCCAGCGAUUUCACCCACAAGCGCGAAGACCUUGACGAGAACAGCUGGUCGGACGAGAGUUCCAGCGAUGAAGACAGGCCUGAUCUCGACAAGGACCCCUUGAACCAGCAGUGGGUGAGAGAGGAGAACCACGUUUUACCAGGCUGGUCGUCCUACAGUGAUAAAUAACCCUGCCAAAAAACAUACUUUGAAUGUGAAUAAAGAAGGGCAAUGACACUUCACCACUACCUGCCAUUGACUACGUUAAGGCUACAAUUUUCAAAAUAAUUUGCCUUGAACUGAAGCUUGGCAUGAUCUACAAAUGAAAAGACAUUCUGACCUUUUAAAAAUAAAACACUAGGACAAGAUGUACUCUACUAUUUAAAUGUUUUUUACAAUGGGAAUUUUGUCAUUCCAUCUCAUUAUAAAAACCUAUAGAAUGUGAGAUGACUUAUUUCUUUAAUUCCAUUUAAUGUCACCUUGUAUAACGUUUACCUACAGAUUAUAUUGUAGCAAUGCAUUUGAGUUGAUAUUGACCAAUGUUCGAAGCUUUCAGCUAUUAUUAUUUUUUUGUAUUGCACAUUGUGUUUGUAUCAAAGUAGCAUUAGACUGCCAUGGCGAAGGCACUUCGUUAUAUUUUAUUGUAUAUAAUUUAUAUAAUUUUAUAAUUUAAUUGGCCUUCAUACUAUGUACUUGAAGAUGGUUAUUCAGUCAUGAAUGAACACCAUAAAUGAAUAAAUGAUUCUUAACUGAAAUAACAAGAGUAAAUGUAAUUAUAUGACCGUUCGUACGAUCCAUCCAUGAGAUGGGGUGGUUUGGAUUAGAAGUUCCUGUCUUUCUCCAGACUUUGUUCCAGGUUCAAGUGUGCUUUUUGCACACUUGAACCUGCCCAUUCUGUUCUUGAGCCUAACCAGUGAUGAACCCACUGAGGUUCUGAGUAGUCUUCUCUUUAUAGUAGCCUUUAAUACAUCUAUGCCUACAUCCUGAAGAUUGUUCUUGAUUUGUUGUCAGAUCAUCCACUACAGUGGUCUAUCUUCCAUGGUCUAUCAGGUUGUGGCUAUUGCUGAGCUCAGCAGUGCAUUUUUGUUUCCUAAAAUGUACCAAAAAGUUGAUUUUCACACACCCAGUGUCUUAGUUAUGAUACACCUAGAAUCAACUCUUUACCUUUUGUUAGCUUUCUUGUGCAUGCACUAAUGAUGCAAGGACACAGCUGGCCAAGAUACAGCUAAGCAGUCAAUUUACUUUUUCUCCCGUAAAAUGGGGAGACUAUGUAUAGAGUAGUCAGUAAUUUCUACAUGGAUCACCAAUGUUCUAGAGUACAAAGCCACAACAAAAUUAUGUCACUGUCCCAAUACUUCUGCAUUAAACUGUAUGUUUGUGUACAUGCACAAUGAUUCCACAAUGUUUUUUGAUUUGGCUCUGUACUUCACAAUUUUAGAUUAGAAAUCAAACAAUUUGCAUGUGGUUAAAGUUCAGAUUCUAAUAUUUUAUUAAAAGAUAUUUUUAUACAUUUUGGUUUCACCAUGUAGAAACAUCACUUUUUAUACAUAGCCCCCCUUUAACCACAUGUGAAUUGUUUGAUUGCAAUUCAAAACAUUGUGCAAUACAGAGCCAAAACAAACGAAGAAGUAAAAAAAAAAAAAAAAAAAAAGAUGUCUUUGUCCCAAA